AUGGCUCUGCCUGGUCAGCAACCCUUCAAGCGAGUGCGCACAGACGGAUUUGCCUGUUAUUCGGUCGCCUUCUCCCCCUUCUUCCCGACCAAGCUUGCGGUUGCUGGAGCAGCCAACUUUGGACUUGUCGGGAACGGGAGGCUGAGCGUCGUCAAUCAGGAUGCUGGGCCAGGGCCGGCGGGUGCGAUGGGUCAGGGAGGAAUGGGUAUGCGGGUGGAAAAAGGAUUCGACACGCAGGAUGGACUGUACGACCUGGCGUGGAGUGAGAUUCACGAGAACCAGAUUGCGACGGGGAGCGGAGACGGGAGCGUCAAGCUGUGGGAUACGAUGCUGAAUGAUUUUCCGAUUCGGAAAUGGCACGAACACCAGCGGGAAGUCUUCAGCGUCGACUGGAGCAACACGCAGAAGGAGCUCUUCUGCACGAGCAGCUGGGACGGCACGAUCAAGAUUUGGACGCCCGACCGCCCCGCCUCGCUACAAACGAUCCCCGCUCACUCCGCCUGCGUCUACUCCGCUCUCUUCUCCCCCUCCCAACCCUCUCUCAUCGCCUCCUGUUCCUCCGACGGCACCCUCAAACUCUGGGACACGCGAUCCCCUCUCCCUCCUUCUCAGCCCUCUGCACCUGGCCAACCCGCCCUCGCGACUCCACAACUAACGAUCCCCGCGCACCCAAACGCCGAGAUCCUCGAUCUCGACUUCAACAAGUACGCGCCGCACCUGAUAGCGACGGCAUCCGUCGACCGGACAGUCAAAGUGCACGACAUGCGCGCUGCGUCCUCCACUCCGCCCGCCGGCGCCGCUCCAGGCAUGCCCUACGUCCAGCCCAACACGACCAUCGCCACGCUGCUAGGCCACGAAUACGCAGUUCGGCGCGUCGCAUGGUCUCCACACUCUUCUGCCCUGCUCGCUACCGGGUCAUACGACAUGACUUCGCGGAUUUGGAGCGUUGCGGCUGCGGGCGGGGGUGGUCAAGUGGGUGGGUUCUCGGCGCAGGGAGGGAUGGGAGCGAGGAUUGAGAGAGUGUGGGAUAGGCAUACCGAGUUUGUGGUGGGCGUGGCGUGGAGUUUGUAUGAGGAGGGGCUCGUGGCGAGUUGUAGCUGGGAUCAGGAGGUGCAUCUGUGGCGGUAG